AUGGUGUUUAAGACCGAGUCUGCAUGGCUGUUGACUGAGCUAACAAUGGAGGUGGAAUACGUGAACGUCUCCCUUGGAUGGAAGAGAUGGGACUGUGGCUCCUCUGGGCCCCGCUCGGCCGCCCCCGCCGAGCUUGGGCAUUCGCCGAGCUCCGAGAAGCCGCCGGUGCUGCUGCGGCUGAAGCGCAAACGCCCCGGGCAGAGGAGUGACCCUGCCGCCGCCGCUGGCCUGGCCCCGAGCCCUUCUCCGGCCCGAACAAGGCGCCGCUGCGGCUGGCGGCCGCCCCUCAGCCCCCGGCCCGGCCCCGGCAGGCGGGGAGCCCUGGGCAGCGCCCUUGCGGCAGCAGGGACCGAGCCCCGGCACCGGGCUCUGGCCCCGUGGCGCCGCAGGGCCGAGGGGGACACGGGCAGGGCGCUCGGCGCCAUCGCCCCCAGCCCCGAGGCCCCUUUGGAGCCCGGCCCGGGGCUCCCCCCCACCUCCUCCAAGGCCCUGCUGGGCUCGGGCUGGUGCUCAGCGCUGGGCCCGGCUCUUGUGCUCGCCCCGAGCGGGAGCCUGCCUGUGAAGAGAAGCCCUCCAGAAGCACGGAGGCUGCUGAAACAUCCGACAUCCUCGCCCUAA